AUGGAUGGCUAUCGUCCUCUUCGUCUGGACAGGCCCGAGUUUCGACUGCUAAGGCUCCAUUCCAUCGAUUCAUCCAAGGCAGCACAUACACCUCAGCUCUCUGCCAUCAUAAACAAACUACGAGACAUAGCUCUCAGGGAAGGCCAUGGCGAAGAUGACAAAAUUCCAAUAUCCUGCGAUCUGUACCAUGCGUUUCGCGAUGAAGAUCCCCAAUACGAGACGCUCUCAUACACCUGGGGCGACCCCAGUGAGACAGCAACCAUCAUAGUCGACGGGCAGUCCCGGCAAGUCACUGUCAACCUGCGCGAUGCUCUUCGACACAUUCGCCGCAAAUCACAAGACGUUCAUCUGUGGAUCGACGCCCUGUGUAUCAACCAAAGCGACACCGAAGAAAAGGGACACCAAGUCGGCCAGAUGAGGGAUAUAUACGGUGAAGCCUCCAACACAAUCGUCUGGCUGGGGACUGCCUCCGACGGCAGCGAAACGACAAUAGAAGAGCUGAAUAGAACAGGGAGAAUGCUGAAGGAAAGCGGUAUUCGAGGCAAACUCAUAGCUCUGGCUCGACUAUCCAGCAACCAAAAUACCGAAUACGCCGAGCUCGAGAAAGAGAUCAACAACGACUUGGCCGACCUCAUCUCGGCUGCGAUGCUGGACAUACCCAAGGUGAUAGACAUGGCCAACGGCCUCCGCGCUUUGUCUCUGCGGCCAUACUGGAAUCGCGUCUGGAUCAUCCAGGAAUACGUCGUAUCAAGGAACAUAGACAUUCGCUGUGGAGGGCAGGUAGUACCCUUCGACCACUUUCACGGAUGCCUGCUAUACCUCCCCUUCUUAACCAUCAACGUCGUCCAGCGGCUGCACAGACACAUAGUGAGCAUCAUGGAGACACAGGACGUCACGGAGCUCGCCGGUCAGUUCAUGACUUUGUGCAAUAAUCAAAUCAACCCGCAAACCAAUAGCAUAUCGGGAAUGCGACUGCGCUUUGGGGAUCACGGCGAAGCCGCGCAGGGUAUGAUUCUGAUACGACUUCUGGCAAAGGUACACAUCGGCCUCCGGUCCUGCGCGACUCAGGAUCGGGACAGAAUCUUCGCCCUUCUUGGCUUGGCGAGUGACGCAACUCUACUCGAGAUCACUCCAGACUACAGCCCGGAUACGACCUCGGCAGAUAUAUACACCACUACGGCACGGAAAAUCAUCGACGGUGGCAAUAUCGACAUUCUGUCCCUAGCACAGCACCGGGAACAUCGAGAGGACAUUCCAAGCUGGGUGCCAGACUGGUCGAAGGAGAUUCUACGACCUUGUGGACAGCUGCCUUGGGACUCUUCCUUCGAUGUAUCCGCCGGAGCUACACUGCUUUCUUUCUCAUCCGACUCACAAAUGCCCAUUAGUCACGAUGAGAUCAGGCUCUGUGGAUACAUCCUUGAUUCAGUUGACCGACUUGCGCCAGAGCCUUGGUGCCCGGAUCCUGAAGGCGUCAACAAAAGCCAUCCAGGGCUGCUAGGGUAUCUGCAAGGGAUCCAAGAACUAUGCCGCUUGUCAGAGGAGCAGCUCAAAUCUGGGAGUCAUGGCAAGGACCCCUAUCCGAACCCUGAGGAUAGGGCAAGCGCAUAUCUGCGCAUACCCAUCGCGGACAUGGAACAAUAUGGGAUCGGGUUUAUCCGCCGGGCAUCGAAAGACCCGGAAGGCAGUGGCACCUUUCCAGGACUUCUUCGGGGCUACGAAGGUGUCCUGGAAGAGAUUCGUAGCGGGAUUUCUGGAGGGGAAACCGGGAUUCAAAGUGAAGAUGUUUCGGGCUUCUAUAACAUGCUCGGAUGGCAGGCAUAUCGAAGGGGCGUCCUACUUAAGUCCGGUCUGGUAGGACUCGCGCCCGCAAGUGUUGAGGUUGGGGAUGUAGUGGUGAUCUUUAGGGGUGCCAAAUUCCCAUAUGUGUUGCGGAAAUGUGAGAAGGCAGAGGCUCAGGGGAGGUGGAGGUUGGUCGGCGAGGCAUAUGUACAUGGUAUCAUGUAUGGGGAGUUGUUUCGGGGUGAUAACGAGGUGCACGACUUGCGGCCUGCACAGUUUGUCCUGCGGUAG